AGCUGGGGUUUCUGGUUCCUGUUUUGUCUACUGACUAGGAGUAGGAGAGAGGAAGGGGCUGGCGGCCCUAUGGCUUCCACUUCCAAGUCAGUAAUGCUUCCCUAAAGGGACAGAGGGGCUGGAUUGGUGGCUCUGAUGUCCAUCCCCUCAUAACUUGUUUAUAUUUGGUACUGUGGUUAUUUGUGUCUCUCUGCCACCUUCUGUGAGUGCCUUGAGGGCAGAGGCCAUGUAUGAAAAGCUGUGGGAAUUUCUAGGCCCCAUGUCACCUUGGUUGAGUGAUCUGGGAAUAAAACCACAGGGUGCGUAUUUCAAACAGCAGUCUGCAGGCCUGGUUGUGGGAAAGAUCUGGCAGAGGUGGGCACAGGCUGUUGGAAACCACUGCAGAGUUCAGCAGGGGAAGGAUAUGAAGAGGAAGCAAGUUCCCGCUCUCCCACUUAGAGGAAGAGGUUCCAGAGUUCUUCUGGCCUCUCGCUUUCUCACGCCCUGAAGCUGACAAGGCCGAAAACGAACACUGAGAGAGAACCAGGAACUAAGGAGGACCUCUGACCACGUGAUGGGGGACCCACGCGUACUGUCACAUGACCCUCGUCCUUGCUACUCUAAGGUGCCCAAAGCUCAGCUGCUCUUAAAGCCCCUCAUCCGCCCAGUCGGAGCCAGCUCUGAACACUCGCUGACUUUCGACCCGUCGGGGUACUUUAACUUGAUGACAUGGAAGACUGUGCGGGUUCGCGGUGGCGCCUUUCGGAUUCCGAGAGGGAGGAAACCACCCCAGAGACACAGGCCUCUCUGUUGGAUGGUCAAGGUGCCCAUUGGAAGAAUGCUGUGGGAUUCUGGCUCCUGGGCCUUUGUAACAACUUCUCCUACGUAGUGAUGCUAAGUGCUGCCCAUGACAUCCUUAGACACCAGCAGGCAUCUGGGAACCAGAGCCAUGUGGACCCAGGCCCGACACCCAUUCCCCACAAUAGCUCAUCUCGGUUCGAUUGCAACUCUGUCUCCACAGCUGCAGUGCUCCUUGCUGACAUCCUCCCCACCCUGGUCAUCAAAUUGCUGGCUCCUCUGGGCCUUCAUCUGCUGCCCUACAGCCCUCGGGUCCUGGUCAGUGGGAUUUGUUCAGCUGGAAGCUUUGUCCUGGUGGCCUUUUCUCAUUCAGUGUGGACCAGCCUGUGCGGUGUGGUCUUGGCCAGCAUUUCAUCAGGUCUGGGGGAGGUCACCUUCCUCUCACUCACCGCCUUCUACCCCAGGGCUGUGAUCUCCUGGUGGUCCUCAGGCACUGGGGGAGCAGGCCUGCUGGGGGCCCUGUCCUACCUGGGCCUUACCCAGGCUGGCCUCUCCCCCCAGCAUACCCUGCUCUCCAUGCUGGGGAUCCCUGCCCUGCUACUGGCCAGCUAUUUCUUGUUGCUCACAUCUCCUGAGCCCCAGGACCCAGGAGGGGAAGAUGAGGCAGAGACCGCAGCUCGGCAACCCCUCAUAGGCACCGAGGCCCAGGAGUGGAAGCCAGGCUCCAGCUGGGACCUCUCCCUCCAGGAAAGGUGGACUGUGUUCAAGGGUCUGCUGUCCCACAUCAUCCCCUUGGUGCUGGUCUAUUUUGCUGAGUACUUCAUCAACCAGGGACUUUUUGAGCUCCUGUUUUUCCGGAACACGUCCCUGAGUCACGCUCAGCAGUACCGCUGGUACCAGAUGCUGUACCAGGCAGGCGUCUUUGCCUCCCGUUCUUCUCUCCGCUGCUGUCACAUCCGUUACACCUGGGUCCUGGCCCUGCUGCAGUGCCUCAACCUGGCCUUCCUGCUAGCAGACGUGUGCCUGAGUUUCUUGCCGAGCAUCUACCUUGUCUUCUUGAUCAUUCUGUAUGAGGGACUCCUGGGGGGAUCGGCAUAUGUGAACACCUUCCACAACAUUGCUCUAGAGACUCGCGAGGAGCACCGGGAAUUUGCCAUGGCUGCUGCCUGUAUCUCUGACACCUUGGGGAUCUCCCUGUCAGGGGCUCUGGCCUUACAGCUGCAUGACUUCCUCUGCCACCUCCCAUGACACAGGACAUAGUGACCUGAGGACACACAGGAAGCUCCAGGCCUUCCCUGCAGGGAUAGGUAUGGGAAGAAGAGCUCAGACCUUAUCCCCUUCAGCAAGGGACACCCAUUGUCUCCUCCCACGCCUGUCUCAGCCUUGGGCCCUUUGAAUAAA